GCAGGUCCUAGAUCUCGUAAACCAAAGAAGAAAAACGCAAAUAAAGAGGACAAACGACCACGCACGGCCUUCACGGCGGAGCAGCUUCAGAGACUCAAGACCGAGUUUCAGACCAACCGCUACCUGACCGAGCAGCGACGGCAGAGUCUGGCGCAGGAGCUGGGACUCAAUGAAUCCCAGAUCAAAAUCUGGUUCCAGAAUAAGCGGGCCAAAAUCAAAAAAGCCACCGGCACCAAGAACUCCCUGGCAUUGCACCUGAUGGCGCAGGGACUGUACAACCACAGC